GAAACACCCUCGCUCGGUGAAGACGUUCUGCCAACACGUAAAAUUGUAUAAUCUGUGGUGUGCAGGAACAAAUGUAUAAGUGACCUAGACUUUUCAUUCAAGCAUCAGCCUCCAUGAACAAUUUGAAUGACCCCCCCAGGUGGAACAUUCAACCUGACCCCAGAGGAAGAGGCGCGGGGGGCGCCGAUGGGAACCAGUGGAACUAUGCCCUGCUGGUCCCCAUGCUGGGACUGGCUGCAUUUCGUUGGAUUUGGACCAGGGAGUCUCAGAGAGAGAUCCAGAAGGUCAAAGCCCAGUACGUAAAGGAUGUGUCGACAAUAAAAAGUGAGAUGGAGGCACGGUACCGGGAGACUCUGACAGAGAGGCACAGGGCAGCUGCUAAACUGGAGCUGGAGCUGGAGAAAGAGAGACAGAGGGUGAAAGGCUACAAGCAGGCCCUGAUCUCACAGAGCCAGCAGCUGAUGGAAGAACGGAAACAGUUACAGCAGGAGCGUGACACUUUGGAGGAAGAGAAGCAAAGGCUGGUCAAGUCCGGAGCUGCGGGGGCUGUGCUGCAUCAAGCCCUGCAACGAGAGAACAACUGGUACCAGCGAGCCACCGCCACUCUGAGGGAACUAGAACAUCAGCUUGUGGAGCGACAGAACGCCUUCUGCUCCCUCAUCCAACCUCGAGAACAGCGGCUAGAGAUGGAGAAGAACAUCCUGCUUAAGGUCGUCAAAGAACCAAUUGGAGGAGAACUGGAUCUAGAGUCGGAUCUAAAGGACAUUUUUAAGAGAGAUAAGCACUGUGCGGACCUGCUGAACAUGGACAAGAGGAAGAAUGGAAGUCUCAUGUGGGUGUAUCUCAAGUACUGGCAACUGCAGGUCACCGUGCAGAAACACAAGAGAGCCGAGGACGCCAUUCUAGGAGGGAUAAAUCUCCCACAAAAUGACAAAAGAUGAAGAGAAGCUGGUGUCUUUCUUUGACUUUGAAGAAUGCUGAAACUGUGUGGAUCAGGAAUGGAAAAAUGCAUGUUUUUUUCCUUCCUUCUAUGAAUUAUCUUUAUAUGUCACAUGAUAGAGAUGGUACGUAAACACAGAAGAGGUCAUCUGAACAAGACAACGUUCAAAAUCUAUAAGUUCUAUCCCUGAUCUCAGAGUUUUGGAAAGAGGAGAGAAUUUGUCAGGUUUAGCUCCAAAUAAGACUCAUUAGCUUUAAAUGAAUUAUGUGAUAAAAAUGCACUACCAUCACUCAGGUGAUAUCCAUAUUGGAUACACAAUUGAUGAUUAAUAAAUUACAUGUCUAUUUUUUCCAUGUAAACCCUUUUGUGCCAUGAAUUAAUGCCAGGUGACUGUAUGUCUGAAUUUGUGCUCAUUUUAUCUCAGAUAUGAAUUUAAGGGUCACAGUAACUGUCUUCUCUAUGUUAAUACACAUCUAUCACUGUUUAAAAUAACUAAAACUCUAUCAUUUACCACAAUUAAAUGAAAAAUCAACCAAUACUCAUUAUCAAGAACAUUUUUCACACAGUUUUGAUGGAAAAGUCAUUGAAGUCUUUGAUUUCUGUGGAAUGUAGUUGGCAUUCAUAUGUUUAUGGUUUUUGCUGGGGAUGUUUAUUAUUAUAACAAUGGAACUGAUUCACACCUCUACCCACUGCUUGGUGUUUCCUGCACCUGUGAUGUCUCUCUUUACUUUCUCUUUACCAGAAAUGAAAAGUGUGUCUGUCUCUCAUCAUGGGUUUUACAUAUCUUGUCUUUGUAACUAUCAGGGAAAUGGGAAUCUGCUGCAUGUGAAUUUGAAUAAGGGAAAAGCUCACAGCUGCAACAUCUCA